UUAUUAGUCAGUAAAAGUAAUUGAAAUCAGAAAGUAAUUGAGAAAUUUAGUUAAAAUAAUUUGGAAUAUUUGCAAAUUUUUACAUUUUUUAUUUAUUUAUUUAUUUAUAUUAAUUACUAAAUUUAUUUAUUUAAAAAAAAAACAUGAAUUCUCAAAAAGAAGAAUCAAGUGUUACGAGGAAAAUGUUUAAAAAAAAUGAUUAUCUACAAUUUAAAAUUGCCCUUGAUAUUGAAGAGUCUGAUUUAGAAGAUUUUUGCACAAAUAUAAAAAGUAAAAAAAUCAAGUCACCUGAUUCGUUCAAUAAAUCAAUUUUUAAAAAUAUUGAAAAUAAAAAAAAAUAUGACGAAACAAAAAAAACAGUAACUCGUCAUUUAUUGAUGUCAAAUGAUGAUAUCGAAAAGGAAAAUAUUUAUUCUCAAAAAAAUGCUAAUGAUAAAUCAUUGGGCGCUGUAAAAAAGAAAGUAAUUAAAAAACAGUCAACAUCGAAAACAGAGAAGAGUGAAAAAACUUUAAAGAAACAAAAAGAAGAUAAUGAUAAAAAUCAAAUUGAUAAAGAGAAAAAAGAGAAAAAAGAGAAAAAAGAGAAAAAAGAGAAAAAGGAGAAAAAAGAAAAAAAAGAAAAAAAAUUGAAAAAAGUUCAUGAUAAAUUUAAAAAGGAUUCAAUUCAACAGCAGGAGUCAGUAUUUGAAGAAAAUAAAAAUGAUAAUGAAGAAAUAAUCAAUGAAAAUUUCAAUUACAAUCAUUCUAAUUCACAUUCAGAAAUAGAAAAAAUUGAAAAAUCUGAAAACAAUAAAGAGAGUUUACUAAAACAAAAAGAAAUUAAAAAAGAGAAUAAAAUGAUAUCAGAAUUAAAAAAUCAUGAAUCUGAUUCUUUAAAAAUACAAAAACAUUUUGAAUAUUUUGAAAAAACUCACGAAUAUUUAGAAGCAACUUUGGAUACAAUUGAUGAGUUAUCAUUUGAAGAUAAUGAAAAUGAUAAUGAGAAAACAAUUAUUAAUGAGUCAUUAAAUGGCAAUUAUAAUAAUUCUUAUUCACAUUUUGAGCAAGAAAAAAUUGAAAAAUCUCCCGAUAAUAAUGAAGAAGUGAUUUUACUGAAUCAAAAAGAAAUUAAAAAAGAGAAGAAAAUUAUAUCAAAAAUAAAAAAUUAUGAAUCAGAUUUGUUAAAUAUACAAAAAAAUUUUGAAUAUUCUGAAAAAAUUCAUGAACAUUUGGAAACAACUGUCGAGGCAUCUUCAUCUAAAGAUAAAAUAAAUGAUAAUAUUGCGGAAAUUACAGAAUCAUUAUCAAAUAUGACUAUUUCUCCUAAAUCCCAUUCAGAGAAAAAUGAAGUAAAAAGGACUCAAAAAACAAAACAUGAUAUAAAUUCGAAAAUUUUACGUAAACAAAGAGAAGCACGUUAUGAGAAAAAAAUGAUGAAAGCAGUGAUGAAAGUUAAUAAAUAUUUAUUUAAACAAUUAAAAACACUCGAUUUGAGCUCUAAUCCAGAAUUAAAACAAUAUCUUAAGAUGGAUGAACAACAAGAAUCAAAUUCUGAUGAUAAUGAUGAAACUUCAACAAAUUCAUCAGAUGUAUGUCAAUGCACUGAAUGUGAUUGUUUAUCGGAGUGCUCAUGUUCAUGUUGUAAUGAUGAUUCUGAAUCAUCUGAUGACAGUGAAUAUAGUGGCAGUUGUUCUUGUUCAAAUUGUAACGAGUCAAUUUCAUCAUCUGCUUCCAGUUGCUAUCCUAAUGAUGAUUCUUCUAAUUCUGAGUAGAAAGAAAAAAAUUUGACGAAAGUUAAUUUUUUUUUUUUAUUUAUUUUGAAUUUUUAAUCAUUGAGCUAAGGAAUGUUAUUUAACUUUUAUUUAUUUGUAAUUUCGAUUUUAAUUAAUGAUUUUUAAAAAAAUAAUUGUGGUCAAUUUUUAAAUAUAUAUAUAUAUAUUUUUUUUUAUUAUAAAAGGGUAAAAUAAUUUCACUCUGUAUACAAUAAGAUAGUAAAAAGUAUUAAAAGAAUAUAAACAAAUUUAUUUUGUAUAAUAUUAAACAAUAAAUUUUAUAUUGAACAUAA